CACGCAGCCUGACAGCCGCCGCCGUUUCUUCUUCUUCCUCGCAGUCGCAGCGCCGGCGCUCCAUCUUCUGCUCCCUCCCCCACUCGCGCUCGGCACGCAGGCGACGGAGGCGGCGCUUGGGCUCGGGCACUCAGCGACGGCGGGGCAGUCCCAGGCUCGGCGGCGGCGUCAGCGGCUCCCACUCCCGCCUCGCGCCCUCGCCUCCGUACUCCGCACACCGGCCGGCGACCCUGCACUAAUUCUCCAGGAAAGAUGAGCUUGAUAUCCCAGAACGCGGUCCAGAAGCGCCGCCUCAGGAAGAGUGAAGGUGAUGAUGACAAUGACGAGGACAUUGGCUCUCCGACCUCCAUAGAUGCAGAGGGUGGGAAGGAAGCAAAGUUGAAGAAUCACAGUAAGGAAAGGAAGAAGAAAAGGACUAAGGUCCAGGAGUCCCAGCAGAACAAAGAGGAAGAGGAGAUGCGGCAGCUGGAGAGCUCAUUGUUUGGUUCCCUUUAUGCACCACUGGAGUUUGGCACUGAGGUUGGGGCUGCAGUAGUAGCUCCUGACCGGGAUGCGCCUUUGUUUUUCACAGAUAGGUCUGCUGGUGGUGGUGGCAUGGAUUAUUUUCCUAUAUAUGAGGAGGAUAUUUCCCAUGAGGAUGAGGAAGACGUGGUGGGUAUCAAGGGGAGGAAGCCUGUAUGGGUGGAUGAGGAGGAAGAAAGGACAGAGGUGGACAUCGUGAAGGUUUCAAGGUUGAGGAAGCUGAGAAAAGAGGAAGAUCAGCAUUUGAUUUCAGGGAAAGAGUAUGAGGCCAGGCUGCGUGGGCAGCAUGCCAAAUUGAACCCCUUCACUGGCUGGGCUGAUAUGGACCGGAAAACUUCUCUUCCUGUUGCGUCAGAUGGUGAGUCUGAUGAUGAGGGUUGUGUCGAUGAUAUCCUUCAGAAUAACGAUGAGCUUGUUGUCAAGGAUACUGUCAAGCUCUUACCUGGGAUGCUGGAGUUCUCAAGGCUCGUUGAUGCCAAUAUCCAGGAUCCGUCAAAUGGUCCUAUCCAUUCAGUGCAGUUUCAUAGGAAUGGGCAACUGAUGCUUGCUGCAGGUCUGGACAAGCAUCUCAGGUUUUUCCAGAUUGAUGGAAAGAGAAACCCCAAGAUCCAGAGCAUAUUUAUUGAGGACUGUCCAGUACACAAGGCCUCAUUUCUACCUGAUGGCUCUGAGGUGAUCCUAUCAGGCAGGAGAAAGUUCUUCUACUCAUUUGACCUGGUGAAUGCUGCUGUUAGCAAGAUUGGACCUUUGACAGGGCGUGAGGAGAAAAGCCUGGAGAGCUUUGAGAUAUCACCUGAUUCGAGAACCAUUGCUUUUGUCGGUAACGAAGGGUACAUCCUUCUUAUUUCUGCCAAGACAAAGCAGCUCAUUGGAACCCUCAAGAUGAACGGAAGCGUGCGUUCACUGGCUUUUCUGGAUGGUGGAAACCAGCUGCUGAGCAGCGGUGGAGAUGGCCAUGUUUACCACUGGGAUCUCGGAAUGAGGAAGUGCAUCCACAAGGCUUUUGACGACGGUUCCCUGGCUGGCAUUUCACUUUGCACCUCGCAGGACAGCUCUUUGUUUGCCACAGGCUCCACCAGCGGCAUCGUGAACGUGUACAAGGGGGACGAUUUUCUUGGCGGGAAGAGGAAACCACUGAAGACGAUCGAAAACCUGACCACUGACAUUGGCGAAAUGAAAUUCAACCAUGAUGCCCAGAUCUUGGCGAUCAGCUCAAGGAAAGAGAGGAAUGGGAUGAGGCUUGUGCACAUCCCGUCGUUCAACGUGUUCCAGAACUGGCCAGGGCCUCGGUUCAGCCUUCACUAUCCACGGUGCCUGGAUUUCAGCCCUGGCAGCGGGUUCUUGUCUGUUGGACAUGCAGGUGGAAAAGUCCUGCUAUACAAGCUUCACCACUAUAAAAACGCAUGAAACUAGGAUGGUUUCUUGGCAAAACCCAGUUUUGCAUUAUAUUUGUACUCUUGAACACUCCAUGAAUCAAGUGUAUGCUGAUUCAUUCCAGUCAUUGUGCUUUAUGCUUUGCUGCCGCUGGUUUUGAUGCUUCGUACAAGCUGGCAAUCUCAUACAUGUCUUUUGUAGUCAUUCUGCUGCUAUUGCUGUUGGUAAACUAGGCUAAUAUAUGGAAGUAAUCCUGUUGGUAAACUAGGCUAAUAUAUGGAAGUAAUCCUGGAGGCUGGAGCCAUGUUAUGUGAGUAUACAGGGGUAUAUUUAUUGCUCUGAAUCUGAAUCCUUUGGAUAGGAAUUAGGAUGUAUGCAAGCAUUGUUAUUGUUC